AAUUGAGUGUGCGAGCAUUUGAGUAUCGCAUGUCGAGCAGAAUUGAAAUCAAACUAGCAAGCGCGCAUUAGUAGUUAACUAAAAAGAGAUGCUGCUGCUGAUACUGUAACAGAGCACCCAUAAUUUGUUAGUAUCGAGCAGAACGUCAUUCCAAUACUAGCGUCUUCAUAGUAGGCUUUAAAGAUUAAACAAAUAAUACAAAAAUAAAUAUUUAAUGAACGUUUCGGUGACUUAUAAUCUUAUUUUAUUACUUUAACAACAAAGUUGUGUGAUAUUCUCGUUACAAACUGAGACCUCGUAUUUGUUUAGUGAACUUGAUUUCAAUCGAGCGUAAUGACAAUCCGGUUGUAUAUUAACGUAAUUUUGGCGAUUACGACAACGGUUAUUCUACGUUUUGGUGACGCUGUAACAAAUUAUGGAGCCUGCCGCACACCGAACCGCAUGGAAGCUACGUGCAUUAACCUGGAAGAUUGUCGCUACCUUUUCGAAUUAGUGCAAGAUCCGAAUCUAUCACAAAACGAUCGCGCAUAUUUGCGUAGCAGCCAAUGCGGGUAUCGCGAUCGCAAAGUUUUGAUAUGUUGUCCUUCACAAUACAUGACACUAAGUGCCACCACGCCUGCACCGUUACCCGCACCUGCGCCAGCUCCAGCCUUUGCACAACCAGGUGUGCUUUUUCCAGAAUCCCUGCCAGCGAAGCGCCCUGUAAGUAACAGCGCUAGUGGUUUCAGCGGCGGCGACAGCAGAAUCAACAGUUCCUCUAGCUUAUUGCCGAAGUUUCCGCAAUGUGGGAAUGUGCUUGACAACCGCAUUUACGGUGGCACUGAGACAGCGAUAGAUGAAUUUCCGUGGACCGCCUUGAUUGAGUACUUAAAGCCGAAUGGCGUGAAGGGCCACUAUUGCGGGGGCGCAUUGAUAAGCGAACGCUACGUAUUGACGGCCGCACAUUGUGUUAAACCGAGUGAUCUGCCCGCCGGCUGGAGAUUGACUGGUGUGCGUUUGGGUGAAUGGGACACGCGCUCUGAUCCCGAUUGCAGCAAAGAAGGUUGUGCGCCCAGUCAUAAAGAUAUCGCCAUUGUGCAGAAUAUUCCACAUCCAGAUUAUGCAAGUCACAAUGACCCCAACGAUAUUGCAUUGCUGCGUCUAGCCGAGUCUGUGCAAUUCAGUGAUUUUGUUAAGCCGAUUUGUUUACCCACAACAACAAGCCUGCGCAUGGACACUUUUCUCAAUACUGCAAUGGAUGUAGCCGGUUGGGGUUCAACCGAAACAAGUUCAAGUAGUUUUGUUAAAUUGAAAGCCACCCUGAAAGUUAAAGAUUUGGAUGCGUGCCGUGCGAAAUAUGCUAAACUAAAUGGUAUAAAAUUGGAUUCGACGCAGUUGUGUGCGGGUGGCGAGUCGGGAAUCGAUACGUGCCGUGGUGACUCGGGUGGUCCGUUGAUGUUUCAGGAUGAUGUAAACGGUAAAGCGGCUUAUUAUCUGGUAGGGAUAGUCUCGUAUGGACCAACUCCAUGCGGUUUAAGUGGUUGGCCAGCGAUUUACACGAGAGUUGGUGCGUUUAUAGAUUGGAUUGAAAAAAAUAUGCAAACAUAGAUAAAAUAUUUGAUUAUGGACUCGCGAAUGUAUGCAUUUACAUUUAUUUGGUGUUCUCCUAAAAAAUGGAAAAAAAUACAUGGGAGUAAAUAAAUCAA